AUGCCUUCCUGUCCUGAACGCAGCGUCCCUAGCUUCCAGCUGAGCUCUCACCUCAGCACUCAGCCAGGGUUUCUGGUUCGGGUCGAGGAAGCCAUGAUGGUUCUAGAGGACGACUCGCCGAUGGAGGCGGCGUCCACGCCCAGCACGCCUCGAAAUCUCUCCGCUUGGAACAUCACCAUCCCGUACAUCGACUUCUACGACGACGACGUGAAGCGAGAGAGGAUUCCCGUCUUCUGCAUCGACGUGGAGCGCAAUGACAGGAAAGCAGUGGGUCAUGAAACUGAGCACUGGUCGGUCUACAGGAGAUAUCUGGAGUUUUACGUCCUCGAAUCGAAGCUCACUGAGUUUCACGGUUCAUUUCCAGAUGCCCAGUUGCCCUCCAAGAGAAUAAUUGGCCCCAAGAAUUAUGAGUUUCUGACAUCCAAGCGGGAAGAGUUUGAGGAGUAUCUUCAGAAACUUCUGCAGCAUCCAGAGCUGAGCAACAGCCAGCUGCUGGCCGACUUCCUGUCUCCUCACAGCAUGGAGUCUCAGUUCCUGGACAAGAUGCUGCCGGAUGUGAACCUCGGGAAGAUCAUCAAAGCAGUGCCCAGCAAACUGAUAAAAGAGAAAGGACAGCAUCUGGAGCCGUUCAUCCAGUCCUUCUUCAACUCCUGCGAAUCUCCCAAACCCAAACCCAGCCGACCCGAACUCACCAUCCUGAGUCCAACGUCAGAAAACGAUAAAAAGCUCUUCAACGAUCUCUUCAAGAACAACGCCAACCGAUCAGAAGUGACGGAGAAGAGGCACAACCAGAACUACUUCAUGGAGAUGAUCACUGUUGAAGGAGUGUACGAUUAUUUAAUGUAUGUUGGUCGCGUUGUGUUUCACAUCCCUGACUGGUUUCAUCACCUGCUGAUGGGCGGCAGGAUCCUGAUCAAGAACAGCCUGGAGGCCUACACAGAUUAUUACCUGCAGCACAAACUGAACCAGGUGGUGCAGGAGCACCGGCUGGUCUCGCUCAUCACCCUGCUGAGAGACGCAGUUUUCUGCGAGAGCAGUCCGCCGCGAUCGGCGCAGGACAAACAAAGCAGAGCCAAGCGGACGUUCGAGGAGAUGAUGAGCUACAUUCCAGAUUUUCUAGGAAAGUGUAUUGGAGAGGAGGCAAAGUACGAGGGAGUUCGUCUUCUCUUCGAUGGACUGCAGCAGCCGGUUCUCAACAAACAGCUGACCUAUGUGCUGCUGGAUAUUGUCAUUCAAGAACUUUUUCCAGAACUGAACAAGGUGCAGAAGGAGCCCUCUGCUGUGGCUCCAUGGAUGUAAAACGCUCAGUACUGAUCAACCAGCUGGACCCGGUUUGCUUCGACCCGCAUCCUGAGAGGCUCUGGGUUCUGGCGGGUCGCAGCAGGAAGUCUCAGUGAGGAUCCAAAAGGACGGAACGGGGGCUUCGACAAUCCCCCGACGGAUUAAUGAACAUGCUUCUGGGUUUUAGCUGCAUUAACGCAGAAUGUUGCCAACAUGUUUUCUGAUUUGAGGUGGAAAAUCUGCAGAUUUGCACUUUUAAUUCUUACCAGUUGUUGACUUGUGUUUUUUUUUUUUUUCCUGGAAUGUGAAGAUAAAAAUAAAAUAUUUGGAUUCAGUUCA